CCGGAAUGUCCCGGCACCAGGAGUCCAGCUGAGCGCCUGCGCCUGUUCUCUUCUUCAUUCGAUUUUCAGUUAUCCACACCAUCGAGUUCGUCGUACCUCUCACCUCCUCACUCGCUCCCUUAGAUUUUUGAGUAUUUCAUUCGCUAUGCACGAGCACCUCGGCCUUGAACUCAAUAAUAGAACCUCCAUUGGUUUAUCCACACCUCAGGCGACUCAAGCCGCUUCAGCGUCAGGCCCUGGUUCAUCUUCUCGUACAACCACUUCCACAGGGCAGUCAUCCACCAGCACCGGAAAUGCAACUGCCCCUGGAAGUUCGGCUCAAGCUCGAACAUCUCAGCAGCCUGCCCAGCAUGCAAAUGCUUCGAGCGCUCAAUCCUCCGCACCUCAGCAAAACCGUGCACCGGUAGUUUCAUCAUCCAACUCAGCUGCGCCUAAUUCAGCACCUAAUGUCCUGCACCAACCAGCAGCGCAACCCGCCGUUAUUCAGCCAGUCGUGGCGCAACAACAGCCCUUACAAGCGCCUGCGGACGAGAUUGAUGCCCUUAGAGCCAGAAUUGCUGAACUGGAGCGCGGGGAAGCUCACGGCAACCAUCUACCAGCCAGAGCACCCGCGCCUCAACAAGCCAUGGUCGCAGAUCCCACCACAGUGGAUCGCAUUCAAACAAAUCUCAAUGGCGCCAAGGAAGAGUCGAAGCGACCAUCGCUACCGGCUCUUCGUCCAGGACAUAAAGUCAGCGCACUAAGCUUGCGUGUGUUAUUCGGCUUCGGCCAUAUGUUACAAUGCCUCUUCGGCACACUGUUCUGGUACCGCCUCAGUCCACCAAGCUGGCCUUUACCGCUACUGUACCGAUCUACCACCUAAAGGGGGGUUGUACUACUCGUUUGCAUUCGUGCCAAUAUUAUUUCAUUCUACGUUUACCGUACCGCUGAAGUUAGUAUCUAAUGUACUUCCUUCGUAGCAAUACCUGCCAAAGUGGAAGAGGCCUUCAAACAUUACCGUUAUGUGCCAUAUACGGCAUUAAUGCACGCAGCUCGCUCUAAAGCAUUCCUAUGAGGAGAAGACUUGUCUUUUGUUUUCAUUCAGGAUGGUUUAACGGCCAAGGGUCUUGACCGCUCGAACGAGCUCUCCAUUGUAACAGUG